AUGGACAUUGAUGGCCCUGUAGCUAACAAAGACGCUGAGGACCCAUCAGUAAGCCAUGACAGUAGCCCAGUAGCUACUAUGGACAAUGAUAACGCAGUAGCUACCAGAGACACCAAUGAUUCAUCAAAUACCCAUGACAACAGUAGCCCUAUGGCUACCAAAGACAAUGGUGACCAAUCAUUGGGUUUUAGUCGUUCUCUACUUUUAAAUUCAUCUAAUUUCGUUGUAGUUCUGGCACUCUUCAUUGGAAACGGAGCAAGUGGCUCAACGUGUCCCAAUGGUAUGACAAACAUCACAGCCUCCAGCGGUAGCCUCAAGUACCCUGAGUCAGGAACUUAUGGCAAGAAUGAGACCAAAUGCUGGAGCAUUACGGUUCCCGACACUUACGCUGGUAUUUUAUUUCGUUUCUCCAGCUUGGACAUUGAAAUGUGCUCUAGCUGUGAAUGCGACUUUGUUCAGUAUAGCUCCUCUGAAAGUAAUUUGCAAUGGGGAACUAAAUCCUGUGGACGUUACAGUUACAACUACUUACACGAGUACCUUCUCCCCGUGGUUGGGAGUCAUAGAUUCCAAAGAAUUGUUCCUGGAUCGACCCUCUACUUUCGGUUUGUGUCGGACGACUCUGCACAUUACAAAGGAUUUAACCUGAACUUUAUCGCUCUCUCUAGCCAUGGAGGCGAGGUAAACUAUCUGAAUGCAUCCGACGGCGAAACUAUUACGUUUGGCACACCAAAGGCUGGCAUCCAGAAUUACCCUUCAAAUUACAAAGAGCAGUGGUUUUUAAUUGUUCCUGAAGGACAGCAGGUCCAGAUAGACUUCGACACGUUUGAUCUGGAGGAUAGUAAAGACUGCAGAAAUGAUUAUGUUGAGUUCCGUGAAGCAUCCAUCUCGGCUGGUGAUCCUAGUGUAAUUUCUGGCUAUUACGGACCAAUUCUGACCAAUCGCCUGUGUGGAAAUACAAAACCCAGUUCGAUACAGAGUCAAGGGAACAUGGUUUGGGUUCAGUUCAAAAGCAAUGUAAACUCCACCACAGUGUACAAGGGAUUCAAGGCUUCCUUUAAAGCAGGACAGGGUAGAUUGUCUGUCAGCUGUCCAUUGACGCUGCUGUUCCUUUCAGCUCUGAUCGUGGAUAAAAUCAACCUGUUCUGA